AAAAAAACAAAAACUUUACUCCAUUCAACAUUACCUUUUAUUAGUUUGGACACUGCCUCUCGGCUAUGUAUAUGAACACCUUAUUUAAUCAAGCCACUAACUCCGUAAAUUUGUUAUCUAGAGGUUUACUGGUAUAACUUCGUUAUCCUGCUGUGUUGAUUAUUAAUGGCAGUUGGCUUUCGUCUUCCAGACUGGCGCCAUAUUUCAAAACUUCAAAUCCUCGCCCCAGCUUUUCCAAUUUUCAACUUCACUCCUUGUAUUUCCCAUUAUUCACACCAAAGCCUGCGAAGUGCAAACCCUUCAUCAUUUUCAUGGCUCAUAUUACGCGUUACACUAGAACAAUCACUCUCUCUUACACUACCUCACUCGCUAAUCACCUUAAGAACCAAAGACUGGACCAAGCUCGCCUCAUUUUUGAUAAAAUCCCGUCUCCAAAUCUUCAUCUGUACACCAAGAUGAUUGCUGGGUAUACAAGAAAUGACAGGCUAUGUGAUGCUUUGAAACUGUUUGAUAGGAUGUCUGUGAGAGAUGUGGUUUCUUGGAAUUCGAUGAUAAAAGGGUGUUUAGAUUGUGGGGAUUUAGGUAUGGCUACAAGGUUAUUUGAUGAAAUGCCUGAGAAGAAUGUUAUCUCUUGGACGACGAUGGUUAAUGGCUACUUGAAGUUUGGGAGAGUCGAGCUUGCCCAGAGGUUGUUUCUGGAUAUGCAAGUAAAGGAUGUUGCGGCGUGGAAUGCUAUGGUUCAUGGGUAUUUUGAGAAUGGGAGAGUUGAAGAGGGUGUCAGGUUGUUUGAAGAAAUGCCUGUUAGAGAUGUCAUUUCAUGGACUUCGAUGAUUGGAGGGCUUGAUCUAAAUGGGAAGAGUGAAGAAGCCUUGUUUGUUUUUAAGAAGAUGUUGCGUUCUGGUGUUGAGCCAACUUGGAGCACGUUUGCUUGUGUGUUGUCAGCUUGUGCCAAUGCAGUGGAGUUUAAUUUGGGUGUUCAAGUUCAUGGCCAUGUUGUUAAGUUAGGAUGUUUUUUUCAUGAGUUUAUAUCAGUAUCACUUAUAACGUUUUAUGCAAAUUGCAUGAAAAUAGAGGAUGCUCACAAGAUUUUUAAUGAGACACUGACUAAAAAUGUGGUAAAAUGGACGGCUCUUUUGACGGGAUAUGUAUGGAAUAAUAAGCAUCAGGAUGCAUUGAGGGUUUUUGGUGACAUGACUAAGAUGGGUGUUCUUCCAAAUCAAUCUACUUUCUCUAGUACUUUGAAUGCAUGUUGUAGAUUAGAGGCUCUUGAUAAGGGUAAAGAGAUCCACACUAUGACUAUCAAACUAGGGUUGGAAACUGAUGUCUUCGUUGGUAAUUCUCUUGUCGUCGUACACAGAGCUGCAAAACAUAUUCUUGAUUUAGAGCCAAAUUGUAGUGCUGCCUAUGUCUUGUUGUCUAAUAUAUAUGCAUCUGCUGGUAGAUGGGCUGAUGUCUCUAGAAUGAGAGUGAAGAUGAAACAGGGAGGACUUGCAAAACAACCAGGAUCCAGUUGGGUAGUUUUGAGGGGAAAGAAACAUGAGUUUCUUUCUGCAGACAGAUCCCAUCCUCUAAGUGAGAGAAUAUAUGACAAGCUGGACUGGUUGGGAAAAAAGUUGAAGGAAUUUGGUUAUGUUCCUGAUCAAAAAUUUGCUCUACAUGAUGUCGAAGAUGAGCAGAAGGAAGAGAUGUUGUCUUUUCACAGUGAGAGGCUUGCUAUUGCGUUUGGGCUAGUUAGCACCGUGGAGGGUAGCACAAUAACAGUCAUGAAGAAUCUUCGUGUAUGUGGGGAUUGUCACUCUGUUAUUAAGCUUAUGUCAAAGAUUGUAGGACGCAAGAUUGUUGUAAGAGAUUCUGGCCGCUUUCAUCACUUCAAGAAUGGCAUUUGUUCUUGCGGUGAUUAUUGGUAGCACUAUUGGGGUUUUUUCCUUGUUAAAGCUGCUGGUGGGAUGCCUAUAGGCACAUCAAAGCAUCUUUAUGAUGACCAAAACAAAUAUUUUGAAGAAGAAGAGAAUAGAAUUACGUAGAUAAAUUUUGAGUUGGAAGAGAACUAUGGCUUUGGCUUAAAUGAUGAUUCUGAAGAAGGACGGGGGAUUUGUGAUUUUGCAGAUAAACUUCUCAUGUCUGAUAAUUUGAAUGAAUGAAAGAACAUAGACUAAUGAAAGGAAGGAAGAGAAACAAUAAAAAACAAUACGUGAUGAAAAUAAAGGUAAGUCAAAGCUAAGGAGCUUGUAGGUUGGGGAUCAAAACCUUUGUCUGAGUUCCUGACAUCCAUUGGAAAGAAACAACCAAAGAAUUGUCUCAACUUGAUGUUAGUAUCAUUUCUGGGUAUUGCAGUGAUAACAACCUUUUGACCCAGUGAAGAAAAGGAAAAGGUACAACCAUCUCUGGAAGGAGAUGUGUGAAUAAAUUGUUUUGUGGAUAACAUGGGACAGUAAGAGGAUGUUUUUGGAAGCUUUGAUAAAGCUUCUAAUGUGAGGGUGGGACUUGUUGUUAGGUAAAAGGCAGUGAAACUGAAGCCUUGAUGGAAACAGAAUAAGCAGGUUGUUCCAGAUAGGCACAAAGCUGUAUUGCAUCUGUCAUGGCUAACAAGCUUGUCUACCCGAGGAGUAGUUUGCUGGAGGAGCUGUCAAAGCAUUCAGAGACUUCGAUUUUAACAUAAUGUGUAGUUUCAUGAAGGUUAACGCUCAUCCAUAUGAUUGUUUGCGGAAGAACUCUCAUCAGCUCUCGCAAGUGACAGGAGGGAGACUGCCACUCACAUGGUAUGAAAGUAGCUAUGUUGAUAUGUUACAUGUGACAUCAAUGCCACUGCGACCUGUUGACAGCUUCGGUUAUCCUGUAAGAACAUAUAAAUUCUACAAUGGCUCAACAGUUUAUCCAUUUGGAUAUAGACUCAGCUACACGGAGUUCAGGAACGAGCUAGCAUCCCCAGCUGAAGCCUAUCUUGAAAUCAAAUUGAACAAGUAUAUAUCAGUAAUGCCAUGACUUGAACUCCACCAGUGAAGGCUACAGGCAAAGCUGCCCUGCUGUUUUUGUUGAUGAUUUAAGUUGUGCCAAUCAAUUUGGGUUUGAGGUGACAGUCCAAAACGUAGGGGAUAAAGACGGAAGUGAAGCGGUCAUGGUUUAAUCAAAACCUCCAGAUGGUGUUAGUGGGGCUCAUGCCAAGAAAGUCAUUGGAUUUGAGAGGGUGUUUGUGGCAGCAGGUAAGAGCAACAAGGUGAGAUUUUCUUUUAAUGCUUGCAAGAGCCUAGCAAUUGUAGAUACCACUAGCUAGCAGGUUGAUGUUUCUCCUAGGAGGUGGAGGUUAGGGUUUUUUUUUUCCUUUCUAGAUGUCAAUUUUCAGCUAAGUUGUUUCUUGUGGAGGGCUUCUUUGUCAUGAAAGUAGGUUUUGUUUGCAGGAAUUCAUUUUCAAAUUCAGUGUUUCUCAAUAUUUCCUU